UUCCGUGAGCUUGAAACCUCCUGAGCUGCGAUGCAUUUCUUGGCCGCUGCGUUCCUGCUCCUGACACUCAGCGCUUCUGCCCUGGCCGAGCCGGUGCAUUUCAGGGACUGCGGCUCGGGGGUUGGAGUGAUAAAGGAAGUGAAUGUGAACCCAUGUCCCACCCAGCCCUGCCAGCUGCACAAAGGACAGUCUUACAGUGUGAAUGUCACCUUCACCAGUAACACUCAGUCGAAAGGCAGCAAAGCCGUGGUGCACGGCAUCGUGAUGGGCGUCCCGAUUCCGUUUCCCAUCCCCGACCCCGAUGGUUGUAAGAGCGGAAUCAACUGCCCCAUCCAGAAAGACCAGACCUACAGCUACCUGAAUAAACUGCCAGUGAAGGCCGAGUACCCCUCUAUAAAACUGGUGGUGGAGUGGAAACUUCAGGAUGACAAUGACCAGUGUCUCUUCUGCUGGCAAAUCCCAGUACAGAUUGAAAGCUAGAGCUCUUCAGUGCCACUCUGUGCAUCUGGGGGUGACAGAGCAGGGAUGGAGGGAGGGGAGGAGAAAUCAAGUCUAAACUCACUCAGUGCCAUAAGAUGAAAGGAAUUUCCUAGAAGGCUGUAUCAUGCCUCUGAACGCUCCAAAAACAACUAAGACCCUAUUUCCUGAGAGCUCAGAACUGUUGCCCUUGUAACAUCCUUUGUUUAAGGGUUGAAGGAGAGGAGGGCAUGAGAAUGUAGGGAUUGAUUUAAUUGCCUUCAGUUUUUGUUUUUCUUUUCCUUUUGGAAUCAGGAGGGUCCAACCAGACAAGACCCGAAUGAGGCUGCUUGGGGAUACCGGCUAACUUGCCCUAGGGUUACCGGGCCUUGCAGCGGAGGACGGGUUUCAAACCACAUCCCACUAGCUGGGAUCUCCCACCUGCAGAUUCCUCCUCUCCAUGUGCCUCAGUGCAUCUGGCCAGUGAGCCUCCUUCCUGACGCUCGGCAUCACCUCUAGCUCUGCUGCUUUACGGGUGCAGCCGUGUCCAAUGUUGCAGUGGGGGAAGGUGUUCCAUGACAGAAAUUCACCUCCAAUGGCUGGUUCUAUGUUGUUAGCUCAUGUCUCCUUUUCUAUCUUAGGCGGUUUUCAUUAAAUGUAGCACUUCCUUAGCAGAUGCUUGACUUUUUUCUUUUUUUUUUUAAAGAGCAUUAACCUGUAGCCUCUUUAUGCACCUGGAAAUGUCCCUUUGAAUAAAAAAAAAACUUG